CCCACCCGGGAGCUUUAAAGGCGCGGGCGUCCGCGGGCUGCGGCUGCCGAGUCUUAGCACGCUGCGCCGCUAGCUCUGCCGACGUGCGUGGUCCUGCCUCCGACUCAACGUGCGGUGGCCUUCCCGAAGGCCGGCCCCGAGUCCUGGAGGGGACUUCGGGGGACACAGCUCCUGGCUUCCCCUUUGUUUGGUGCUUUCCGCCCACGAAAUACCAAACCUUAAAUGUGGAAGGAGCAGCAGGGAAUCGUCUGGUCAGUCACUCUAGGCUCUUCCAGAACUUUCUACUAUUCAGAAUGCCCGUCUGGGGAGGCGGAAACAAGUGUGGGGCCUGCGGGAGGACCGUGUACCAUGCGGAAGAGGUGCAGUGCGACGGAAGGAGCUUCCACCGCAGCUGUUUUCUGUGCAUGGUUUGCAGGAAAAACUUAGACAGCACAACAGUGGCGAUCCAUGACGAUGAGAUCUACUGCAAGUCCUGCUAUGGGAAGAAGUACGGGCCCAAAGGCUAUGGCUAUGGCCAGGGCGCCGGCACGCUCAGCACGGACCGGGGAGAGAGGCUGGGCAUACAGCCGGAGAGUGUUCAACCUCAUAGGCCUACAGCAAACCCAAAUACUUCUAAAUAUGCUCAGAAAUAUGGAGGUGCUGAGAAGUGCCCCAGAUGUGGGGGCCCCGUCUAUGCUGCUGAGAAGGUGGUCGGAGCUGGGAAGCCCUGGCACAAAAACUGCUUCCGGUGCGCCAAGUGCGGGAAGAGUCUGGAAUCAACAACUCUGACGGAGAAAGAAGGGGAAAUCUACUGUAAAGGAUGCUAUGCAAAGAACUUUGGGCCCAAGGGAUUUGGCUACGGCCAAGGGGCAGGAGCCCUUGUUCACGCUCAGUAAAGGAGACCACACACUGAGGAGCUCUGCGUGAUCUAGGCACAGAGAAACUAACACUAAACGACUGUGAACUACAACCAGCGUCGAAUCGUGUACAUGCCCUGUACUUGGACGGGCUGGCUGACUAGUGGGAGAGCACUGUCACCUUCCACUUCUUCAUCAGCAUUGUCAAGAACCUCUUCUUUUACAUCUAAAAUAAAACUUUGGCUUGA